GCUGGACAUCCCUCAGUCCAGACUGCUGCUAGAAUGUCUUCUAUGUGCACCUAAUAAAUGAGUUCUACACAGCCUUCCAGUGCUAAGGUCUCAGAAUCUAUCCAACCACAGGGAAGGAAAAAAAUGAAGAGGCACUGAGAGAAGUCACAAACCAGUUAAAACAGCCCCUAAAGUACCUUAGGCACCACUCUACCUCUCUUCUAACCAUCACCCCUAGAGUGUGCACCGAAGAGAUUUCUGAUUAGUAUAAUUUAGGUCACACUAGAGGACAGGGAAGUGAUGAAUUUAUCUUGACAAAGUAUUGUAUUCACUCCAAAAGAAAUCUGCCGAAAUAAAUAAACUCACGAACAUAUAAAUAAGUAAAUUCGUUUUUCUUUAAAUCCACUAUUUUUUUCUCUUAGAGAAAUAAAUGGCUUAUAUAAAGGACAAUGUGUAUAUGGUAUAUAUGUUUAAGGCCUGCUUCAAGGUUGCUCUCAAGCUGAGCCAGAACUAUUGCGAGAAGAGUGAAAAGGAUACCCAGGACACAGAAGUUUAGGCGGCAGUUACUCUUGGGGUGCUGGCAGGGUCAGCCUGUGAGAGUGAGUGCCUCUUUAAAUUUGCGUCACAGACGCCUGCUGACCUCACCCCAGUCCAGGCCCUGCGAUUGGUCAGGCCAUCAAAGCCUCGCCCCUGCUAAUCGCCGCUGCCGCCAUCUUUGCUGCAGAGAGCGCCGAGGAAGACGCUGCAGACCUGCCUUCCCAACCGUAUGUAGGCGAGAAGCCAGUGCUGAUACUCCCACUAACCCAUAAUGUCCCACCAGGCCCCAGAGUGGAAGAGGGCUGAGUCUAAUUCAAGCGAUCUUGGGGCCAGCUGGGAUGGCAGAGGCAGCAGAGGCAGGGGCUGGAGCGGCCCCUCCGGCCUUCAGGGACCUAGAGCAGCUGGCUCCCGUGAACCGCCAUUGUGCUUUAAGAUAAGGAGCAGUAUGGUUGGUGCGGUAAUUGGUCGCAGUAGAUCCAAAAUAAAAGCUCUAGAACGGUCAACAAACACUUUAAUACACAUCGUAAACGGGGCAUCUGAAGCACAAGUAAACGUUUUUGGUAACAAGGAAAUGAAAGAAAAGGCCAAAGCAGCCAUAGAGACUCUUAUUAGAAAACAGGAAAGCUACAACUCAGAAUCCAGCAUACCUCCUAUUGGAAGAAAUGUAUGCAGAAAUGACAGUGUUAGAGAAGCGCGGCCAUCGUUAGAUUGGGAUCAAAUUAGGGCUAGCGGUCUGGAGAGGGAAAAGAGCAAAUGGGCAGAUUUACCACCAAUCAAGAAAAACUUUUACAUAGAAUCCAAAGCAACAAGCUCCAUGUCUGAAAUGCAGGUGAUUAACUGGAGAAAGGAAAAUUACGAUGUAACAUGUGAUGACUUGAAAAGUGGGGAAAAGCGUCUCAUCCCCAAACCUGCUUGUACGUUUGAAGACGCUUUUCGGCAAUACCCUGAUCUUUUGAAAAGCAUAACAAGGGCAGGAUUCAGAAAGCCAACACCAAUUCAAUCCCAAGCAUGGCCAAUUAUUCUACAAGGAAUAGAUCUUAUAGGAGUUGCACAAACUGGAACAGGGAAAACGUUGUCCUAUUUAAUGCCUGGGUUUAUUCAUCUUGAUUCUCAACCAAUAUCUAGAGAGCAAAGGAAUGGUCCUGGGAUGCUGGUUCUUACACCCACUAGAGAGUUGGCUGUUCAGGUGGAAGCUGAAAGUUCAAAGUACUCACAUAAAGGUCUUAAAAGCAUCUGCAUAUAUGGUGGUCAAAACAGACAAGAACAAAUAGAAGACAUUAGCAAAGGUGUAGAUAUCAUUAUCGCCACUCCUGGGAGGCUGAAUUACCUACAGAUGAAUAACUCUGUCAACCUGAGAAGCGUAACCUAUUUAGUUAUGGAUGAGGCAGAUAAAAUGCUGGAUAUGGGAUUUGAACCCGAGAUAAGGAAGAUUUUAAUGGAUGUGCGCCCAGACCGGCAGACUGUUAUGACAAGUGCAACUUGGCCAGAUACUGUUCAUCGACUGGCACAUUCUUAUUUGAAAGAUCCUAUGAUGGUUUAUGUUGGUACUCUGAAUCUUACGACCACAAAUACAGUGAAGCAAAAUAUAAUUGUUACCACAGAAAAAGAAAAACGAGCUUUUAUCCAAGAAUUCAUAGAGAACCUGAUGCCAAAUGACAAAGUCAUCUUGUUUGUCGAACAAAAAUACAUUGCUGAUGACUUAUCAAGCGACUUCAAUAUCCAAGGCGUAUCUGCAGAAGCACUGCAUGGCAACAGAGAACAGAGUGACCAAGAACGAGCAUUAGAGGACUUUAAAAGUGGAAACACAAAGGUACUGAUUACAACUGAUUUAAUAGCCAGAGGCCUUGAUAUUAAUGAUGUCACGCAUGUAUAUAAUUACGAUUUCCCAUGGAAUAUAGAAGAAUAUAUCCACAGAGUAGGGCGCACUGGACGGGCAGGAAAGAUAGGCACAUCAAUUACCCUCAUCACUCAGAGAGAUUCGAAAAUGGCUAGUGAAUUGGUUAAAAUUCUGGAAAGGGCAAAUCAGAGUGUUCCAGAAGAUCUGGUACUAAUGGCUGAGCAAUACAAGUUUAAACAACAAAAGAGGGACACAGAGAAACCAUCAAGAAAACCUGGAGAAAGACGCAAGGAGUUUUACUGAUGUUUAAGUUGAAAAGUUGUACCAGGCUACUAGAAGAUUCCAGGCAUGUUAAUGUUAUGCAGUAUUGAAUAUACAUAAGGAAGUAUCAGAAACAUACUGGCCAUUUGAAGAAACAACUAAUUCUUAAAUAAUUCUGCUGAACUUUUAAUAUUGUGUCUGUUCCUUAAUAAAAAUAAGGCUUCCCAAAUGAGAGAAUGAGAGAAUUUGUGAAGAAAAAGCAAAUGUUAUAUAUUGGUUAAAGUUUAAUUUCUUUUUUAAAAUACUUUGAUUUUAGGUUUGGGGUAUAUGUGAAGGUUUAGUUACAUAAGUGAACAUGUGUCACGGGGGUUUGCUGUACAUAUUAUUACCCAGGUAUUAAGCCCAGUGCCCAAUAAUUAUCUUUUCUGCUCCUCUCCCUCCUUCCACCCUCCCCCAUAAAGUAGACACCAGUGUCUGCUGUUUCCUUGUGUUCAUAAGUUCUCAUCAUUUAGUUCCCACUUAUAAGUGAGAACAUGUGGUAUUUGAUUUCCUGUUCCUGUGUUAUUUUUGCAGUCUGCUAUGUCCAUUUGUCUUCUCUAAAACACUUGGUAGAAGACAACAAUGAUGCUUUUCUAGCUUUCAAAUAGUACUAAAUUGAAGCAUAGCUUCAUACUUAUCCAGUCAAAAUAUUCUUUUUCCCCCCAGCAGUUGGUGCCACAACAGUUCUUAAAGUUAUUUCCACUAUCAUUCUCCACUUUUUUUAGUUCAUUAGAAAAUAAAUGCUAGAUUUUUUUAGAAGAUUCCACGAUUCUAUUUUUUAUCAGAAUGAUGUCACCAACAGAGCAGGAUGUCUGACUCACUGGGAAUCAGUCCUUGUAUGCAUUUUGUCACUAACCCUUGGUUAAAAUUCUGAGAAAGUUGCUUCCCUUCUCUAGGCCUCAAUUUCUCCACUCAUAAAAUGAGAUAGUUGUAUUAAUUAAUUUAGGGGUCCCUUUCACCUCUAAAAUUCUGUGAUGACUAAAACUGUAUACCCAGCCUUGGGUUAACACUUCCUUGUCUAAUCUAGGGGAAAUUGCAUCCUUGUAUAAUAAAUUGAACAAAACAGUCCUUUUCAAUGACAAGAA